AAGUACAUAUCUAUCUUUGCACGUUAAAAAUAUUAACAAAUAUAAUUAAUUAGGAUUGCACUUAUGACUUUGUACGUUUCAUUUGAAGAAAAAAGAAAAAAAAAAGAGAAAGAAAGAUCUUUAUCAUAUAAUAUGAACGUGUGAAAAAUAUUUUUAAUAGAACAUUUAGAAUAAUGUUAAAUUUACGUGAUAAUUAAUAACACGACUGUAUACCGCGAGGUAUUUAUCAAUUCUUAUUAAUUUCAUAAUUUCUAAGCUCUCAAAUUUAAGAUAUAUAUAUAUUUUUUUUUUGCGAGGAUUGUUCAAGUUUCUAGGAUUCUAGUCCGUUUAACGAGAUUAUCCUUAUCUUCCUUGAUUUAAGAGAAUCAUUUUCAAUGACUGAUUUGUUAUCUUUUACUUUUUAUUACUAAUAGAUAGAUACGCAUAAUUUAAGGAGAUUAAACGAAUCGAUCUUCACAUUAUGUAGACGAUACAUUAAGAAAUAAAUGACUCGUAAGAAAUAAACGAAUAAGUGACACAAUUUUUGUGAACCUCAUAUGGAUAUGUAAAAGAUGUAAGUAAAAAUGUGCUAUUUAAAUAUCGCGGUAGAACGAUGAUCGAUUGUUCACAAUUCGAUAAGUAUCGAUAGACGAUUGCAACGCCAUCGAUCUUCAAACUAAUUCAACGACAUUGCUACAGACAGCAAUACUGAAUUCUUACAAAGAAGAAAUGGCUUUUUAAAAAUUAUUAAUAAAAAUAAAAAAAGAACAAUCUUUUCGGUAACAUAAUCAAAUUAAAUCAAGUGUGAUGUAAUCUUAAAAUUGACAAAGGUAUAAAUUCAGAACGCGAUGUCUUCAUUGAUCGUAGCACACGAUCAAAGCAUCAUGAUGUUAGAAUUUGCAGUUGAGAACCUGUACGUACCAUGGAAUUCUAUCUUUGACAAGGCAAUUUUGAAAAAGGUAACGGUAAUGUUUCGUUUUUUGGAUGAGGAUUGGACCGAGCUUUUACCAAAUCGGCGCGAUCAUUGUCCUUACCGUGGUUCGAAUUACGAAAACGAACGAUUUUAUGGUGGACGUUCGGUAGUCUUUCCCUUACCCGAAUCAUGUUUCGAAAAACCUAUGAAUGCGAUUGAUAUUCAAAUCUACGUAUUUAAAGAGAUAUGCGAUUAUUUCGAGCUCGACUCUUGCGAGAACGUAGGAUUCGUAUUAUUGAGAGUCGAUCAUUUGAUUAAUGCCAUUAUCAAGGAAUUAAAAGAACGUAAAGAACUUGGUCUAUAUUUGUGCAAUUCUCAUGAAAACGAGCCUAUUUCGAGAUCAUUGGUAGGAACGUAUACGUUAAUGAACGACGACUUAAAGAAUACUGAAGCAACAAUAAAAAUAUAUAUACGUAUCACUUAUCUUGGUAAUUGCGUUGUCACUGAAUUUGAGAACAGUAGAGGUAUAAAAACGGCGUUUCAUUGUCGUAAGGAUAACAUCGAAGGACUUCCUUACCAAUUACGCGAGUUAACAUCAGAGAAUCUUAAGACUGGUUGUUGGGGUAGUCAAUCCUAUAUAACACCGGCGAUUCUAAAGAAGUUAAAGUGUUACUGCGCAAAAGAUAAGAUAGAGAAACAAAUAUUAGCCGAAAUGAUAGCACAUGCUGAAGCUACUCGUGCUGCUGAAGAAGCUCGUGCCGCUGAAGCUGCUCGUGCCGCUAAAGCUGCUCGUGCCGCUGAAAUAGCACGUGCUAAUGAAGCUAUUCGUGCUUCUGAAGAAGCUCGUGCUGCUGAAGCUCGUGCCGCUGAAGCUGCUUUGAAAGGUAUCGGAAAAGAAGACUCUAAUAAGAAGAAGAAAAGUAAAAAGAAGGAUAUGGGUGCUGAUGCUCAAAUCCUUGCUAACAUCGAUAAUAUUUAUGAAGAAAGGAUUCGUCUUUUAAUGGAGGCAAUGAAGGAACGUAAAAGUCGAGGAUUAGGUCCUCCUGCUGCAGCUUUUGGUAUAAAAGAUGCAAGAAAGAUUUGCUCUCCAUUAUUUACUAUACCUUGUAUUCAAGUUUGUUCUCCUGCUUGUAAUCCCUUUUUCCCCUGUUCGAACUUUAUGCCUGAUGUCGGAGGAUAUCUAACAUAUACUACAUGCUGCUUAUGAAAUAGAAUAUGUGCAAUAAAAUAUUAAUGAAAUUAAAUUAAAAAGUAAUUCUUAUCAGCA